AUGGAAUUUGAGGGAUUCGAUCACUCGACGGAAGAUUUCCUCGCGAACGGGUUCUAUCACCUUUACACCGAGCUGCAGGACGAUGAGAGUUUGGUGUACGAGUUGUCCGACUUGGCGUUGCCUGCGAUUGAACCGGUUGUGCCAUCAGCGAAUCAUCCUGAUUCAUUUUUUCCUGAAGAAGACCAAAGUCCUUCCGAUUCAGAAAAUCUCAUUCAAACGCUCGAAGACGAGGACGAUCUUCAGCUUGAGCUGAACGUGGAAAAUUUCAUUCUCGAGUACAACUGCGUGGAUUUCAGUCAACUAUGGGAAAACGAGUUGCAGCUACCAGAGAAAACAUACUUGUGCAAUGAUUCGUGUGACGCUUUCCUUCGCCAGAACGUGGAUCACGAAAACAUAUCGGUCCCGAACAUCCCGGAAGGAAUAUCACGAAGAACGCAGCACAGAACUGCACAGCAGGCGAGUGAAACAGAACCCGACUCGACCGGGACGUACGUGUGCCCGUUCGAAACCUGCCGCAAGGUGUACGCCAAACCGGUGCACCUGAAAGCGCAUCUUCGACGACACGUGGGCGAUAAGCCGUAUCACUGCAAGUGGCCCAACUGCCAAUGGCGGUUCUCGCGGUCGGACGAACUGUCGCGCCACUUCCGGUCCCACUCGGGUGUAAAACCGUACCGUUGUGAUUACUGUCCGAAGAGCUUUUCCCGCUCGGACCACUUGGCCAAGCAUCGGAAGGUGCACGAGCGCAAAAUGGCACUCGCGGCUGGCAGCCCGAAAGGUUCUAUUGCAUGGAAUGGAACGAAACCACCGAGAGGACGACCGGGCCGCAAACCAAAGCAUGCGGUGAAAGCAACAUGA